UCCCUCCACCACAAUCCAAACACACACACACACACACACUCCUCAUACACACACAGUGUAAGCUGCUCUUCCUGUCAUACUGCUCUUUCACUCUCUCUGUAUUUGCUUCUUCUGUUCUUCUGUUCUGUGUGUAUUUAUGGCGGGUGAUGGCUCCUACACUGUGGUUAUCGUUCCACUACAGAACAGUCUGUACAGCCUGGACGCACUGCGAUUCUUCCACUGGCUUAAGCACCUGAGGGCUCUGGAGAGGGAGAAAGACAGUCUAUGGAUGGGGCUGCAGGUUGUGGAACAGACUGGCCUCUGGUAUCAACAUCACCUGGAGAACGUCUCAGAAAGGCAUUCCAGAAUCUGCUCAAAAGAUCAGGACAAGGAGGAAGGCUGGACGUGUGCUCUUCGUUCUCGAGUGCAGCGUGUGAACGGCAGUCUGGGCAGUUUGCUGAGUGAUGUGUGUAUGUGGACUGGUUUUGCUCCUGAUGAGAGAGGGGGCUCAGACUGGGAGCUCCGCUGGAACAACGCCACUCUCACACAGGAGGUGAACAAAAGAAAUCAUCGGAUCUCACUGCUGGAGCUUCAGAAAGAGAGUCUCGCUCAAAAGCACUGUGGCAUGUACUACAUCUGACUAAGCCUUUCUAGUAAACACAUAUACACACACACACACACACACACACACUGAAAAAUCAAUAUUCCAUCACUACACCAGCUAAAUUAUGUAAAGCCUGAGAUUGCACAUAAGAGUCUUACUUUGAUUUCUUUGACGUGCCGGCACAGAAUAGGACUGCAGCCUAUUCACUGGAGCUAGUGGACAGUGAAACGCUUCUGAAAACUGAACCAAAGCUAUGUAAUGUUUUAUCUGCUUAUUUCACUUUAUUCCGUUUAUUUACAUCCAUUCCUGCAUUUCAGGCCUGUAACACACUCCUAAAAAGUUGAAACGGGGCUAGUAAUGAGGUUUAAAAACUUAAUAAUGAUGGGAUUUUAAAUAGCUGAUUGUGUCAUGAUUUUGUACAUGAUUUUAAGGAGCAAACCAGGGAAUAUAAUCUUUAAUUUGAUACCAAGUGGUAAAUGCUUUACUGUUGCAACUUUUUUGUGGAAUGUGUUGCAGACCUGAAAUGCAGGAAAGGAUAUAAUAAAUAAAUAUAAUAAAUAAAACUGAAAAAAAAAAGUUUGAGCAGACAAAACAGAUGAAAAAUCUUGGGUUCAUAUAUUCUGUUAUUACCUCAAAGUAAUAAGUCAAAGUUUUUGCAUUUUUAAUAAUAUCUCAACUUUCUUCUGAUUUAUGGUUGUAAAUGUUAAAGUAUAAUGCUAUUGAUGUUGAAUGCACACAUUUUGAAAAGUGUAAAUAAGAGGGAUUUAUUAUAUAAAGAUGUUUUAUUAAUAUUUGUUUGGUUACUGAAUGUGAAAUGCCCCAAUAAUCCUACAACACUAAGAAAUGAUAAGCUAAAUCUUUUUAGUUGUGCGUGUGUGUAGAAGCUGUUGCUAUACAAAACUACACAAGCCAACCACAUAUAUUCAGAGGUGUAACGUAACUAAAUACAAAUUAAAAAUUAAGUAAAUUACUUUACUUAAGCAGAAAUGUUGGUUAUCUAUACUUUACUGGAGUGAUUAUUUUGACUUCUACAUACAGUACCAAACACACUGCACACACUCCUGCCAGUAUAAUCUGCACUUCAACUGUUCAGUAAGCCACUAGAGGGCAGCAGAGGACAACAUGAGGAAAGCUGUAAUGAACUCUGUAAUGAACUAUGCUGGCAUAGCUACUGUAUGUGGGCCUGUGAUUUUCCAGCUAUGUCCAUUAACACUACUGCACAACUUUAACACCAAUUCACAAACUUUUACAAGUAAUACUCUAAUGCACAGCUUAAAUGGUUCACUUGUAUUACCUUUUUUGGCCAUACCUGACUCUCCUGAUUAUUCUAAUGGAAAUAAAUAUGUUAUUGCAUUGUGUUAUUCUUACAUAAACUGUGCAUUUUUUAUUUUUUAAAUGAACGUAUUUAUGUUACACUAUAAAGCUAAACAAUGCUAAUGCAAUGUGUAAAUAAAUAACUGCAUACAAAUUAA